AUGCUCAACCGCGAGGAGAAUAUUUGGGAUGUUGAGAAAGUGAUUUCGUACGACAGGAAGAGAAAACUCUACCUUGUUCGCUGGGCCGGCUUCCCAAAGGAUGAGGAUACAGAAGAACCUAUCGAAAAUUUGCGCCACUGUAAAGGAACAUUGCGGCUAGUAAAUCGGCUCCGGCAGCGCCUUGGACUACCAAGAGUCAGAAGAAAAAGGAUCAACCAAAGAUCGAGUAAAAAGGCGAAAAAUCCUUUUAUUCAUGACUCGACCGAGGAAAUAGACUUUUUGCACUCUGAUGAUGAAGAAAAAGCUGGCUACAGCCACAAUCCUCUCGAUAUCGAAGACCGAAUAAAACAAUCUGAAGAAAUGGACGUACUCUCCUUGAAAUUUCACCGCUCAAAAUCCUGCCAAGAAAAGUUUUCUUUUGAAAAAAUCAUCAAAACCCAUUCUGAUAUCUUUGAAAGCCAAGAUUGA